UAGAAAACGGGAUGCCUCGGGCGCCGGGGCCGGCUUUCCGCUACUAGGAGUCCGCCGGGGUGCAGGCCUACAGGAGCGCUCGCGAGCAGAGGUGCUGCCGGUGCCGCGUGCUACGCGCGCCCACGUCCCGGGGAAGGAACGGCGAGGCCGGGGCCCCGGAUGGUCGCGGGGAUGGAGCGCGGCGCUGCGGCGGUGGCGUGCACGCUGCUGCUGGCUUUCGCCGCCUGCCCGGCGCCGGCCAGUGGCCAAGAAUGUGACAGUGAACAUUUUCGCUGUGAAGACGGGCAGUGUAUCCCUGUAUCCUGGAGGUGUGAUGGGACCAGAGACUGCCUGGAUGACACGGAUGAAGCUGGUUGCUCUCCCCCUUCUUGCAGCUCAAACCAGUUCCUGUGUCAGGCUGAAGGUCUGUGCAUCCCUAACUUCUGGGAGUGUGACAAUGACCAGGACUGUGAGGAUGGCUCCGAUGAACAUCAACAUUGCCCUGGGAGAACAUGCUCAAGCCAUCAGAUUACAUGCUCCAAUGGUGAAUGUAUCCCAGAAGAAUACAGGUGUGACCACGUCAGAGACUGCUCAGAUGGAACUGACGAGAAAGAUUGCCAUUACCCGACAUGUGAACAGCUUACCUGUGCCAACGGAGCCUGCUAUAACAGCAGUCAGAAAUGUGAUGGGAGCAUUGACUGCCGAGACUCUUCUGAUGAAAGCAACUGCACUCAGGAAUGUUCACAACACGAGUUCCAGUGUGACAUUGGGGUGUGCAUCCCUCGUAUCCAUGUCUGUGACCAUUACCCUGAUUGUGAUGAUGGCGCUGAUGAGCGUUCUUGCGCCUACGAGACCUGCAAAGGUAACCAGUUCACUUGCUCCAACGGCUACUGCAUUAGUCAAAAUAAGGUCUGUGACGGAGAGAGUGACUGCAGAGAUAAUGGAGAUGAAAAUGGAUGUGACCUCAGUACUCGGGUUCAUGAAUGUUACCCAGGCGAAUGGGCUUGUCCAGAGUCUGGAAAAUGCAUCUCAGUUACCAGUGUUUGUGAUGGGAAGUUAGAUUGUCCAGGAGGAGAAGAUGAAACUAAUAGUGCCAAAGGACUAUUUUGUGAAGGGCAUUUGUGUAAUGUAAUGCUCUGUGAGUACCAUUGCCGCAGAUCACCAACUGGAGGGAUGUGUUAUUGUCCCCUUCGUUUAAUUGUUGACCAAAAUGACACCACCCACUGUGUUGAAUUUAAAAGUUGCCAGAUAUGGGGAGCUUGUGACCAAAUAUGUGAAGACCGAGGGGACCAUCACCGGUGCCACUGCGCGGAAGGGUAUGUCUUGGAGCAUCAGCGGCAUUGCAAAGCUAAUACUUCCUUUGAGCAGGCCUCUGUUAUCUUCUCCAACGGUCGGGAUUUGCUAAUUGGUGAUAUUCAUGGAAGGAACUUUUCGAUGCUCGUGGAGUCUCAAAAUCGUGGAGUGGUUGUGGGUGUGGAUUUUCACUAUCACCUACACAGAGUCUUUUGGACUGACACGGUGCAAGAUAAGGUUUUUUCGGUUGACAUUAAUGGCUUAAAUAUCGAAGAAGUUGUUUCUCUUGAUGAUCCAGAGAAUCUGGCUGUAGAUUGGGUUAAUAAUAAACUUUAUUUAGUAGAGACGAAGGUCAACCGCAUAGAUCUGGUAAAUAUAGACGGAAGCCACCGGGUUGUCCUCAUAACUGAAAACUUGGGGCAUCCUCGAGGAAUUGCCGUGGACCCUACACUUGGUUAUCUAUUUUUCUCUGAUUGGAAGAGCCUUUCUGGGGAACCUAAGGUGGAAAGGGCUUUCAUGGAUGGCACCAACCGUAAAGACUUGGUAAAAACAAAAUUGGGAUGGCCUGCUGGGAUAACCCUGGAUAUAGUAUCAAAGCGUGUUUACUGGGUCGACUGCCGGUUUGACUACAUUGAGACUGUAACUUAUGAUGGAGUUCAAAGGAAGAUGGUAGUCCGAGGAGGCUCUCUUGUUCCUCAUCCCUUUGGAAUAAGCUUGUUUGAAAAUCAUGUAUACUUUACUGACUGGACAAAGAUGGCUGUAAUAAAGGCAAACAAGUUCAGAGAGACCAGUCCACAACUAUACCACCAGACCUCUCUAAGGCCCUUUGGAGUGACUAUUUACCAUUCCCUCAGGCAGCCUUAUGUUAGGAAUCCAUGUGGAAAUAACAAUGGGGGCUGUGAACAGAUCUGUGUCCUCAGCCAUGUAACAGAUAAUGAUGGUUUGGGUUACCGCUGUAAGUGCACAUUCGGCUUCAGCCUGGAUGUGGAUAACCGCCACUGUGUUGCUGUUAAGCAGUUCCUGAUCUUUUCAUCUGAGGUGGCUGUUCGUGGCAUCCCAUUCAACCUGUCUACCCAAGAAGAUGUCAUAGUUCCAGUGACAGGAAACCCUUCUUUCUUUGUUGGAGUUGAUUUUGAUGCCCAGGAGAACACUAUCUUUUUUUCAGAUACAUCAAAAGACAUGAUUUUUAAACAAAAUAUCAAUGGUACAGGAAGAGAAAUUCUCACUGCCAACAGGGUGGAAAGUGUUGAAAGUUUGAGUUUUGAUUGGAUUUCAAAGAAUCUUUAUUGGACAGAUGCUUCUUACAGGAGUAUCAGUGUCAUGAGGUUAGCUGAUAAAUCAAGACGUGCAAUAAUCCAGAAUUUAAAUAACCCACGAUCAAUUGUAGUUCAUCCUAUUGCUGGUUACAUAUUCUUCACUGACUGGUUCCGUCCUGCUAAAAUUGUGAGAGCAUGGAGUGAUGGAUCUAACCUUUUGCCUAUAGUAAACACUACUCUUGGAUGGCCCAAUGGGUUGGCCAUUGAUUGGGGUGCUUUACGGUUGUACUGGGUAGAUGCCUUUUUUGAUAAAAUUGAGCACAGCACCUUUGAUGGCUUAGACAGAAGAACCCUGGGCCAUAUACAGCAGAUGACACAUCCAUUUGGACUUACUGUCUUUGAAGACUAUGUGUUUUUUACUGACUGGAGACUCGGUGCUAUUGUUCGAGUGAGGAAAAUGGAUGGUGGAGACAUGAGAAUUAUCCGAAGUGGUAUCACUAAUAUAAUGCAUGUGAAAUCAUACAAUGCCAACACUCAGACUGGUUCUAACUACUGCAAUCGACCCACACAUCCAAACGGCGACUGUAGCCACUUCUGCUUCCCAGUGCCAAAUUUCCAGCGGGUGUGUGGUUGUCCCUAUGGAAUGAGUUUGACUUCUAAUCACUUGACAUGCCAGGAAGACCAGUCCCAUGAACCACCCCUGGAACAGUGUGGUGCCUUUUCCUUUCCAUGUAGCAAUGGCAGAUGUGUUCCCAGUCACUACCGCUGUGAUGGAGUAGAUGACUGUCAUGAUAAUAGUGAUGAGCACCUAUGUGGCAAAUUUAACAAUUCCUGUGCACCUUCAGCAUUCAUGUGUGGCCAUGGAGAGUGUAUCCCUGCACACUGGAAGUGUGACAAGCAGAAUGACUGUCUGGAUGGCAGUGAUGAACAGAACUGUCCCUCCCAGGCACCCACUACCUGCCCUGCAUCCUUAUUCACCUGUGAUAAUAAUAUGUGUAUCCCAAGGAGGUGGCUCUGCGACACAGAUAAUGACUGUGUCGAUGGAUCCGAUGAGAAGAAUUGUCAAUUUACAGGGACAUGCCUACCUAGUCAGUUUCGUUGUCUUGAUCAUCGAUGUAUUGAUGUAUCCUUUGUCUGUGAUGGGGACAAGGACUGUGUUGAUGGAUCUGAUGAAGAUAGUUGUGUAAUCCAUUGCACCGCUUCUCAAUUCAAAUGUGCCAGUGAAGGUCGGUGUAUUAGCAUUACAUAUCGUUGUGAUGGUGUUUUUGACUGCAGUGACCAAUCUGAUGAGUUAGACUGUUCAACUAGGCCUCCUGGGAUGUGCCACACAGAUGAAUUUCAGUGCCAAGCAGAUGGCGUCUGCAUCCCAAAGAGCUGGGAGUGUGAUGGGCACCCAGACUGCAUCUAUGGAUCUGAUGAGUACCACGGCUGUGCCCCCAAGACUUGCCCUUUAACUCACUUCCUGUGUGAUAAUGGAAACUGCAUCUAUAGAGACUGGCUCUGUGAUGGGGACAAUGACUGCAGGGAUAUGAGUGAUGAGAAGGACUGCCCUACUCAGGCUUUUCACUGUCCCAGUUGGCAAUGGCAGUGCCCUGGCCAUAGCAUCUGUGUGAAUCUGAGUGCAGUGUGUGAUGGCAUCUUUGAUUGCCCCAAUGGGACAGAUGAAUCCCCACUUUGCAACCAGGAUAGCUGCUCAUAUUUCAAUGGUGGUUGUACUCACCAGUGUGUUCAGGGGCCCUAUGGGGCUCAAUGCUUAUGCCCACCAGGAUACUUUCUUGCGAAUGACUCUAAGACCUGUGAAGACGUGUCUGAGUGUGAUGUCCCAGGCUUUUGUAGUCAGCAUUGUUACAAUAUGAGAGGUUCAUUCCGAUGCUGGUGUGAUAAAGAAUACACGUUAGACACUAAUGGAAGAACUUGCAAAGUUACAGAAUCUGAAAGUCUGUUGAUACUUGCGGCAAGUCGGAACCAAAUUAUUGCUGACAAUAUCACUUCCCAGUUUCACUCUAUCUCUUCAAUUAUCCAGAAUGGUUCUCACAUUGCAGCUCUUGAUUUUGAUUCCAUCAGUGGCCGUGUCUUUUGGUCUGAUGGAGGUCAGGGUAAAAUCUGGAGUGCAUUUCAAAAUGGAACAGAUAGAAGAGUAAUACUUAACACUGGUGCCACUCUGACUGAAAGUAUGGCGGUAGAUUGGGUAGGUCGCAAUCUUUAUUGGACAGACUAUGCUCUGGGAACAAUUGAAGUAUCUAAACUGGAUGGAAGUCACAGGACCGUGCUGAUUAGUAAUAAUGUAUCAAAUCCAAGGGGAUUAUCAUUAGAUCCCAGAAUUAGUGACCAUUUAAUGUUCUGGUCUGACUGGGGCCGUCACCCUCGUAUUGAACGAGCCAGCAUGGAUGGCAGUUUGCGCACUGUCAUUGUUCAGGACAAGAUUUUCUGGCCCAGUGGCAUAACAAUUGACUAUCCCAACAGAUUGCUCUAUUUCAUAGAUUCCUAUCUUGAUUAUAUAGACUAUUGUGAUUAUAAUGGACAGCAUCGGAGGCAGGUGAUAGCCAGUGAUUUGAUUCUGCGACAUCCUUAUGCCCUAACAGUCUUCGAAGACUCUGUGUACUGGACUGACCGUUCUAUUAAUCAGGUUUUGCAAGCCAAUAAGUGGCAUGGUGGAAACCACUCAGUCAUAAUUCGCAAUCUUCAGCAGCCCCUGGGAAUUGUUGCAGUUCAUCCUGUGAGACAACCUAACAGUGAAAAUUCCUGUGCUUCUUCCUCCUGCAGACAUCUAUGCUUGCUUUCCUCACAGAGGCCACGCCUUUAUUCUUGUGUUUGUCCCUCAGGAUGGACUCUUUCUUAUGAUUCUGUGUCUUGCUUGAGAGAUGAUCGACCUUUCUUAGUAACUGUAAGAUACAGUAUAAUUUUUGGAUUCUUCCUCAAUCCUGAGGUGAAGAGCAAUGAUGCUAUGGUUCCCAUAGCAGGGAUAAUGAACGGUUAUGAUGUUGAAUUUGAUUACUCAGAGCAGUUCAUCUAUUGGGUUGAGAAUCCAGGUGAAAUUCACAGAGUGAAGAUAGAUGGCACCAACAGGACAGUAUUAGUUUCUCUGUCUAGGUUGGGUUCUUCCAUGAGCCUGGCCUUGGAUUGGAUAUCAAAAAACUUAUAUUAUACCAAUCCUGCUACUCUGUCAAUUGAGGUUUUGAAACUCCGGGGAGAUGUCAGAUACAGAAAAACCCUGAUGACCAACGACGGGACGGCUCUUGGAGUUGGUAUGCCAGUUGGCAUAACAGUUGACCCUGCUAACGGGAAACUGUACUGGUCGGACCAAGGAACGGACAGUGGUGUUCCUGCCAAGAUUGCAAGUGCUAACAUGGAUGGCACAUUUCCAAAAGUUCUCUUCACUGGGAACCUUGAACACGUGGAGCUUAUCACCCUUGAUAUUACAGAGCAGAAACUCUAUUGGGCUGUCACCAGCACGGGAGUGAUUGAAAGAGGAAACGUGGAUGGUACAAAUCGAAUGAUCCUGGUAAACCAUCUUUCCCGUCCCUGGGGAGUUGCUGUCUAUGGUUCUUACCUUUAUUACACUGAUGAAGACUAUGAGGUCAUUGAAAGAGUUGACAAGAACACUGGGGGCGACAAAAUAGUCUUGAGACAGAAUAUUCCAAACUUGAGGGGUCUCCGAGUUUAUCACAGAUACAGCACAUCCUACAAUGGCUGUAGCAACAAUGUGAAUGCCUGUCAGCAGAUUUGCCUGCCUUUACCAGGGAGAUUGUUCUCAUGUGCCUGUGCCACGGGAAUGAAACUCAAUCCUGAUAAUCGGACCUGCUCUCCAUAUAGCUCUUUCCUUGUUGUUUCAAUGCUGUCUACAAUUAGAGGCUUUAGCUUGGAAUUUUCAGAUCACUCAGAAGCCAUGGUGCCAGUGGCGGCCCAAGGACGAAAUGCACUGCAUGUGGAUGUUGAUGUAUCCUCUGGCUUUAUUUAUUGGUGUGAUUUUAGCAGUUCUGUGACAUCUUAUAAUGCAAUCCGUAGAAUCAAACCUGAUGGGUCUGCUUUUACAAACAUUGUUACACAAGGAAUAGGAGAAAAUGGAGUUCGGGGAAUAGCAGUGGAUUGGGUAGCAGGAAACCUUUACUUCACCAAUGCUUUCGUGUCUGAAACACUGAUAGAAGUUCUGCGGAUCAACACCACCUACCGCCGUAUUCUCCUUAGAGCUACAGUGGAUAGACCCAGGGAUAUUGUUGUAGACCCCAAGAACAGAUAUCUCUUCUGGGCUGACUAUGGCCAAAGCCCGAAGAUUGAGCGUUCUUUUCUUGAUUGUACUAACCGAACUGUGCUUGUAUCAGAAGGCAUUGUCACACCACGGGGGUUGGCAGUAGACCAUAGCAAUCGCUAUGUUUAUUGGGUUGAUGAUUCUUUAGAUAUAAUUGCAAGGAUCGGUAUUGAGGCAGAGGUGUCUGAAAUAGUUCGUUACGGAAGUCGUUAUCCUACUCCUUAUGCCAUAACUGUUUUUGGAAAUUCUAUCAUAUGGGUAGACAGAAAUUUAAAAAAAAUCUUCCAAGCUAGCAAGGAACCAAAUAGCAGUGAGAUGCCAACGGUGAUAAGGGACAAUAUUGAUUGGCUAAGAGAUGUGACCGUCUUUGACCAGAGUAUUCAGCCACGGUCACCAGCUGAGGUCAACCACAACCCUUGUUUGGAAGAUAAUGGUGGAUGUGCCCAUUUCUGUUUUGCUGUGCCUGGAUUGAAUACCCCAAAAUGUGGCUGUGCCUUUGGAACCUUACAAGGUGAUGGCAAGAACUGUGCCAUUGCAACAGAAAAUUUCCUCGUCUUUGCCUUGGCAAAUACCUUGAGAAGCUUACACUUGGACCCUGAGGAUCACAGCCCACCUUUCCAACCGAUAAAUGUGGAAAGUGCUGUUGUAGAUCUGGCUUAUGACGACAUAAGUAACAGAAUCUACUUCACACAGUCUUUGGAAUCUAGAAAUGGUCAGAUUGCAUAUGUCAAUCUAAAUUCAGGGACCAGGUCUUCCACUGCCAUUUUUUCAGGUGAAGGGACUCUUGAUGGCAUUGCCUUUGACUGGAUCAAUAGAAGAAUAUAUUACAGUGACUACACCAAUGAGACAAUUAACUCAGUUGCUGAGGAUGGGUCUAAGCGCACUGUGAUAGCCCAUGUUUCAAAGCCAAGAGCAAUUGUAUUGGAUCCUUGUCGAGGGUACAUGUACUGGACUGAUUGGGGUACUAAUGCCAAAAUUGAGAGAGCCACACUGGGAGGAAAUUUCCGGGUACCUAUUGUGAACAGCAGCCUGGUCUGGCCCAAUGGCCUCACUCUGGACUACGAGAAUGACCUUCUCUACUGGGCAGAUGCCAGUCUGCAGAAGAUUGAGCGGAGUACUCUGACGGGCACACAGCGUGAGGUCGUUGUCAGCAGAGCCUUUCAUCCUUUUAGCUUGACUCUCUAUGGCCAGUACAUUUAUUGGACUGACUGGAACACAAAAAAAGUUUACCGAGCUAACAAAUAUGAUGGGUCAGGUCAGAUGGCAAUGACCGUGAGUUUUUCUUUCCGGCCUAAUGGUAUUCGCGUUGUUGUGAAGAAUCAACAGCAGUGUAGCAAUCCUUGCAGUGAGUUUAAUGGAGGCUGCAGCCAUAUUUGUGCACCAGGUCCAAAUGGUGCUGAGUGUCAGUGUCCACAUGAGGGCCACUGGUAUCUGGCCAACAACCAAAAGCACUGCAUUGUGGACAACGGGACCCGGUGCGAUAGCUCCAAGUUCACCUGCUUCAAUGGGCAUUGCAUCUCAGAGCAAUGGAAGUGUGACAACGAUAAUGACUGUGGUGAUGGCAGUGAUGAGCUGGAAAUUGUCUGUGCGUUUCACAUCUGCCCUCCGACAGCCUUCACCUGCGACAAUGGGCGAUGCGUCCAGUAUCAUUACCGCUGUGAUCACUACAAUGACUGUGGUGACAACAGUGACGAGGCAGGGUGCCUGUUCUCGGAAUGUAACGCCACUUCGGAGUUUACUUGUAGUAACAAAAGGUGUAUUCCUCUUCAGUUUGUCUGCAAUGGCGUAAACAACUGCAAUGAUAAUGACAUGUCAGAUGAGAAAAAUUGCUCUGAUCGCACCUGCCUGCCUGGAUAUGUAAAAUGUGAGACUACAAAGAUUUGCAUUUCUCAUUUUUACUUGUGUGAUGAAGACAAUGACUGUGGAGACAUGAGUGAUGAAAGCCCUCUUUUCUGUGCUACUCAGACGUGCAACAGCGAGGAGUUUCACUGCACAUCUGGACGUUGUAUCCCCAGACACUGGUACUGUGAUGAGGAAAGAGACUGUCCUGAUGGCUCUGAUGAGCCUAACACUUGUGAGUACCAUGAAGCAACAUGCUUAAGUAAUGAGUACAAGUGUGACAGUGGGCGGUGCAUACGAAGAGAAUGGAUCUGUGAUGGUGAUAAUGACUGUGGAGACAUGAGUGAUGAGGAUGAAAGGCACCAUUGCAACAGUCACACCUGCUCAAGUUCUGAGUUUGUCUGUGCAAAUAAUGUGCCUCCAUCCAGGAAGUGCAUUCCCCAGUCCUGGGUCUGUGAUGGUGAUCCGGAUUGUUCUGAUGGUGCUGAUGAACAUCAAAAUUGUACAAGGAUAUCUUGCUCUGGAAAUGAUUUCACCUGUAGUAAUGGGUGGUGUGUCCCACACUCAUACAGGUGUGACCGGCACAAUGACUGUGGUGACUACAGUGACGAGAGGGACUGCUUGUACCCCACCUGCAGUGAGAGCCAGUUUACCUGUCAGAACGGGUUGUGCAUUCAUAAGCAGGAAGUCUGUGAUGGGGAAAAUGACUGUAGAGAUGGAUCUGAUGAGCUGGAGCACCUGUGCCACACUCCAGAGACCACGUGCCCCCCUCAUCAGUUCAGGUGUAACAAUGGGAACUGCAUCGAUAUGGUGAAAGUCUGCAACCACCUAGAUGACUGCUCAGACAACAGUGAUGAAAAAGGAUGUGGUGUUAAUGAAUGCAACGACCCUUUACUCAGUGGCUGUGACCACAACUGCACAGACACACUCACCAGUUUCUAUUGUUCUUGCCGUCCUGGUUACAAGCUUAUGUUUGACAAUCGGAGUUGUGAUGAUAUUGAUGAAUGCACGGAGACUCCCUUUGUCUGUAGCCAGAAGUGUGAGAAUACAGUGGGCUCCUACAUCUGUAAAUGUGCCCCCGGCUACCUCCGAGAACCAGAUGGAAGAAGCUGCCGGCAGAACAGUAACAUCGAGCCCUAUCUCAUUUUUAGCAACCGUUACUAUCUGAGAAAUCUAACUCUAGAUGGCCAUUUUUACUCCCUCAUUUUGCAAGGACUGGGCAAUGCUGUGGCACUGGAUUUUGACCGGGUAGAAAAGAGACUGUAUUGGAUUGAUGCAGAGAAUAAAGUCAUUGAGAGAAUGUUUCUGAAUAAGACAAACAAGGAAACAGUUAUAAGCCACAGACUACCAGCUGCAGAAAGUCUGGCUGUAGACUGGGUUACCAGAAAGCUCUAUUGGGUGGAUGCCUACCUGAAUUGCCUCUCUGUCUCUGACCUUGCUGGUCGAUACCGCCGCAAGUUGGCUGAGCAUUGCGUGGAUGUCAACAAUACCUUCUGCUUUGAAAAUCCCAGAGGAAUUGCCCUUCACCCUCAUUAUGGGCAUGUCUACUGGGCAGACUGGGCUCACCGAGCAUACAUUGGAAGAGUAGGCAUGGAUGGAAUGAAUAAGUCUGUGAUUAUUUCUACCAAGAUAGAGUGGCCCAAUGGCAUCACCAUUGAUUACACCAAUGAUCUACUCUAUUGGGCAGAUGCCCACCUGGGUUACAUUGAGUACUCUGAUUUGGAGGGCCGACAUCGGCAUACCGUGUAUGAUGGGACACUGUCUCACCCCUUUGCUAUUACCAUUUUUGAAGACACUAUUUAUUGGACAGAUUGGAAUACAAGGACAGUUGAAAAAGGAAAUAAAUAUGAUGGAUCACAUAGGACUGUCCUGGUGAACACAACACAUAAGCCGUUUGACAUCCAUGUGUAUCAUCCGUACAGGCAGCCAAUUGUGAACAAUCCCUGUGGUGCCAACAAUGGUGGGUGUUCUCACCUCUGCCUCAUCAAAGCAGGAGGCAAUGGAUUCACCUGUGAGUGUCCAGAUGACUUCCAAACCCUCCGUAUGGGUGAGCUCAACCUCUGCGUGCCCAAGUGCUCAAGCACCCAGUUCCUGUGUGCUAACCAUGAAAAGUGUAUUCCUAUCUGGUGGAAAUGUGAUGGACAGAGAGACUGCUCAGAUGGCUCCGACGAAUCGGUCGUUUGCCCACAGCGCUACUGCCCACUAGGCCAGUUCCAAUGCCAGGAUGGCAACUGUACCAGCUCGCACUUCCUGUGCAAUGCUCACCAAGAUUGCCCUGAUGGCUCUGAUGAAGACCAGGUUCUUUGUGAGCAUCACCGCUGCGAGUCCAAUGAAUGGCAGUGUGCCAACAAACGUUGCAUCCCUGAAGCCUGGCGGUGUGACUCAGAGAACGACUGCGGGGAUAACUCAGAUGAAGAUGUUUACAACUGUGCCAGCAGGAUCUGCCAGCCGGGCUAUUUUAAGUGUGCCAACAACCACUGCAUCCCUCAGGGCUGGAAGUGUGAUGUGGACAAUGACUGUGGAGACUACUCGGAUGAGCCGAUGUCCGAAUGCAUGAGCCAUCGCUGUGACAACCAUACAGAAUUCAGCUGUAGGACGAACUACCGCUGCAUCCCACAGUGGGCUGUAUGCAAUGGUUUCAAUGACUGCAGGGACAACAGUGAUGAGCAAGGCUGUGAGGAGAGGACGUGCAAACCUUUGGGAGAAUUCCGCUGUAACAACCACCACUGCAUCCCUCUUCGCUGGAGAUGUGACGGGCACAAUGACUGUGGAGAUAACUCAGAUGAGGAAAACUGCGUCCCCCGGGAGUGCUCAGAAAGUGAAUUUCGAUGUGAUGAUCAAAGCUGUAUCCCCUCUCGAUGGGUCUGUGACCACACCAAUGACUGUGGAGACAACUCAGAUGAGCGAGACUGUGAGUUGAAGACCUGCCAACCCGGAUAUUUUCAGUGUCAGAGCGGACACUGUGUGCCUGAACAAUCGAAAUGUGAUGGAACCGCCGACUGUCUGGAUGCCUCUGACGAAGCCACCUGUCCCACUCGCUUCCCCAAUGGUGCAUAUUGUUCGGCUACCAUGUUCGAAUGUAAAAACCAUGUUUGUAUCAGGUCAUCAUGGAAAUGUGAUGGUGAUAAUGACUGUGGCGAUGGUUCUGACGAAGAACUCCACCUGUGCUUGGAUGUUUCCUGUGAUUCACCAUUCCGGUUCCGAUGUGACAACAAUCGCUGCAUUUAUAAGCACGAGCUGUGCAACCAUGUGGAUGACUGUGGCGACGGGAGUGAUGAGAAAGAGGAGCAGUGUGUAGCUUCGACCUCUAGACCUUGUAAAGAAGAUGAAUUUAAGUGCAGCAAUGGACACUGCAUUUCACAGCAUCUUGUAUGCGAUGAUGUCGAUGACUGUGGUAACCAUUUUGAUGAAACAGGUUGCAAUACAGGAAAAGAAAGAUCAUGUGCAGAGAAUCUAUGUGAACAUAAUUGUACCCAGUUAAGUGAAGGAGGCUUUAUCUGCUCCUGUAGACCUGGAUUCAAAGCCAGUAUUUUGGACAGAAACUCCUGUGAUGACAUCAACGAAUGUGAGCAAUUUGGGGUUUGUCCCCAGAAAUGCCAAAAUACCAAAGGAAGUUACGAGUGUUCCUGUGCUGAAGGCUUCCAGUCUGUGAGUGACCAGUAUGGAAAACGAUGCGCAGCUAAUGGUAAUCCUCCUUUGUUGCUACUGCCUGAAAAUGUGCGAAUUCGAAAAUAUAAUCUCUCAUCUGAGAAGUUCUCAGAUUAUCUUGAAGGCGAGGAACGUAUUCAGGCUAUUGAUUAUGAUUGGGAUCCCGAGGGCAUAGGUCUCAGUGUCAUAUAUUACACUGUGCUAGGACAUGGUUCCGAAUUUGGUGCUAUUAAACGUGCCUACAUCCCCAACUUUGAAUCCGGUACUAAUAAUCUUGUGUCAAAGGUUAACCUGAACCUGAAAUACAUAAUGCAGCCAGAUGGAUUAGCAGUGGACUGGGUUGGAAGGCAUAUUUACUGGUCAGAUGCCAGGAGUAAACGGAUCCAGGUGGCUAAACUUGAUGGGAGAUACACAAAGUGGCUGAUUUCCACACAGCUGGAUCAACCAGCUGCAGUGGUUGUGAAUCCUAAACUAGGGCUUAUGUACUGGACUGACUGGGGCAGAGAACCUAAAAUCGAGUCUGCCUGGAUGGAUGGGCAGCAUCGGAACAUCCUAGUUCAAGAGGAUCUUGGUUGGCCAACAGGCCUUACUAUUGAUUAUUUGAACAGUGACCGGAUCUACUGGAGUGACUUCAAGGAGAACAAUAUUGAAAGUAUAAAACAUGAUGGGACUGAUAGGAGAAUCGUUGCAAACGCAGCAAUGAACCCAUAUAGUCUGGACAUCUUUGAAGGCCAGUUUUACUGGAUAUCUAAGAAUAAGGGAGAAGUAUGGAAGCAAGAUAAAUUUGGGCGAGAUGAGAAGGAGAAAAUGCUGAUGGUGAACCCAUGGCUCACUCAAGUUCGAAUCUUCCAUCAACAUAGAUACGAUCGGUCAGUGCCCAACCGCUGCAAAAAUGUCUGCAGUCACCUCUGCCUCCUGAGACCGGGAGGAUACAGCUGUGCCUGUCCCCAAGGAUCCACCUUUAUAGCAGGGAGCAUCACUGAUUGUAACGCAGCCAUCGAAAGUCCUACCAACAUGCCCCCCCCCUGCAGGUGUAUGUACGGAGGAAAUUGCUAUUUUGAUGAGAAUGACCUCCCCAAAUGCAAAUGUCCCAGUGGCUACAUGGGAAAAUAUUGUGAAAUAGGGCUUUCAAAAGGCGUCCCUCCAGGAACAACAGUGGCUGUGCUGUUGACAAUCAUCCUGAUCAUCAUAGUUGGAGCAUUGGCAGCAUUAGGAUUUUUCCACUACAGGAGAACUGGCUCCCUUUUGCCUUCUCUGCCCAAGCUACCAAGCCUAAGCAGUCUAGUUAAAUCCUCUGAAAAUGGAAAUGGGGUGACCUUCAGAUCGGGAGCGGACGUUAACAUGGAUAUUGGAGUGUCUGGUUUUGGGCCCGAGUCUGCUAUUGACACAUCAGUGGUGAUGAGUGAACAUUUUGGCAUGGAGAUGGGGAAGCAGCCCAUCAUAUUUGAAAACCCCAUGUAUGCAUCCAGGGACAGUGAUGUCAAAGUGGCUCAGCCAACCCAGGUAACUGUAUCUGGAAAUGUGGAUAACCAGAACUAUGGAAGUCCCAUAAACCCUUCUGAAAUAGCUCCAGAUGCAAGUCCGGCUUCCCCAAGUGCUGAUGCAACUCAGGCAACAAAAUGGAGUAUCUUCAAACGGAAGUUGAAACCAACCACCAACUUUGAAAAUCCAAUCUACGCGGAGAUGGAGCAUGAACAGAAGGACGGCGCUGCUGUGGCUCCCCCUCCCUCUCCGUCCCUUCCUGCUAAAAGUUCUCCAAGGAGAGACCCAGUGCCAACCUACACUGCAACGGAAGACACUUUUACGGACACCGCAAACCUUGUUAGAGAAGACUCUGAGGUAUAGCUAUGCCAUCGAUAUAGGGAUAAUUAGAAACAUACUUUUGCACAUAUAUUUUUUACAAACAAAUGAAGAAAAAGUUAACAUUCAGUACUUUAUUAAAAAAAUAUAUUUUUUUCCCAUUUGCCAGUAGUUGGAAGUGUCUAUGGAAACCAUGCCUUCUGUGUCCCUUUUUUUACUUACGCUGUCUCAUGUUUUUACAAAUGAUUAUCACAAUGUACUAUAUGUAUAUCUUUGCACUGAAGCUAUCUGAAGGUAAUGCUAUAAAUAUACUGUACAUUUGUAAAUUUUGGAAAGAUUAUCACAUCAUUAAAUUUGCUGAGAAAAGUA